AUGCACAUGGGUGGAUGUGGUGGAUUCAUGACGUCACAUUAUAUGUCAAACAGCAGAGCGUCACUUGGAUUACCGUUUAGCAUACAACUAUGUGACGGUGUUAAUUGUCAAAAUGGUGGAAGUUGUGAUUCAUCCGGGUCAUCAGCCUGUUGUAGAUGUACCGGGAAUUACUUCGGUGACAGAUGUGAAAAUCUUGAUGGAGGAUGGACAGAAUGGACAGUCUGGAGUGAUUGUCCAGAAACUUGCAGCGAUGAGGACCUUAUUAGGACUAGAUCCUGCACAAAUCCUUCUCCAGAAAAUACCGGAACAGUUUGCCAAGGACACACCUCGGAAACAAUUUCAUGUUCUACAGCAAAAUGCCCAGUUAAUGGUGGGUGGACAGAAUGGUCAGUCUGGAGUGAUUGUCCAGAAACUUGCAGUGAUGAGGAACUUAUUAGGACUAGAUCCUGUACAAAUCCUUCUCCAGAAAAUAACGGAACAGUUUGUCAAGGAAGCACCACGGAAACAAUUUCAUGUUACACUGCAAAAUGUCCAGCUAUUGCACGAAACACUCAAUAA